AUGGCCUUCUAUGGCUACCAGGAUUCUGUCGGUGAGUACUCCACUACACCAUAUCAUCACUUUUAUGCAACUCACCAACCUUCCUAUGAAUUCUGCAACCCAAAUCUGGUUAAUAAUUGUCCCAAUUUCCAUGAUUAUUCUGGCUACUAUGCUAAACACCCAGAAGUGAAUUACAAUUACAAUUACUCUGUGUAUAGUUCCAGUGAGCCAAAGGUGAUUCAGUACGAUGAUGGUGGGUAUGGGUUUUCGGAGACGAAGUUUAUAGUUUCAUACUCAACCUUAGAGCCACAAGAUGACACUGAUUUUGAUGAGUAUGACCCAGACCCUUAUGAUGGUGGCUAUGAUAUUGCUGAAACCUAUGGCAAACCCCUUCCCCCUUCUAGUAAAACCUGUUACCCUCGUUCCACCACAAACACCCUUCUUCCAGAACCUUUCUCCCAUGGAUCUAUCCCUUCCAAUUCUCCCCAUGGAAAAGACCCAAAAGGCAUUCAUGAUCAACCAGUAGUAAAACCCAGCAAGGAAACUGAACCAGAGAUUGCCAAAGAGAGGGAUAUAGUCCCCACUGAUUCUGGAAAAUUUGAGGAUCUAAAUAAGGGUAAUGAAAAUUCUUCCAAGAAUGAUGAAAAUGGUUAUGGGUAUGGGUAUGAUUACCAGGUUGGUAGUAUUCCUUAUGGGUAUGGGUUGGAGAGUGUGGAUAUAUGUGACAGUAUAUUUGGUUACUGGCCUUGUUGGGAGAAGUACCAGAAAGGGAAUUGUGAGGUGAGGGAUGAAGAAAGCAGCAGGAAUCCAUGGGAAAGUACAGCUGAGUAUCUUUUUGGCAGCCCCUUCGGAUAUGGUGGAGAUGAAAGAUUCGGAGGUUUCAGUUAUGGCGGUUAUUAUCUGCAACCGAAUCAGAAUCUCAAUGACGGUUAA